AGCUAGCUUUAUCUCCCACAGCAGCGGCAGCCCCGAGAAGGAGACGAGAGAGAGAGCAAAAGGCAUCGAGCGAAAGCAGCCAAAGCGCAAGGCGGGCAAAGGCGAGGCGCGGCUUUGCUCAGCUUCAGCUCAGCUGGGCGACGCCGACCGACGCAGGGGAGCGAGCGCGAUAGAUGGAAGCUUAUGAUUGCCUGGACCUCGGCCUCUUCCGCCUGUUCCCUGGCUUGGACCAGAGCACCAGGCCUGGCCUUUUCCACUUCUCCCCGGCGAGCUGAGCUCUGCUCCAACUCUCUUGAACUCUCUCUCUCCUUCUUGGUUCCUCCACCGGUCUGCCCUGCUCUUGGCGCCUUGCCGUUGGCCUUCUUGGGCUCCGGCCAUUGUUCUGGCCAGUUCCUCGGGGUUCUCGCUUCUUGGAGCCUGGGCAUUGGCGUCGGCGGGUGAGGGUUGAAGCAAUCACUCACUCCGUCGUCUAUGGAGGGGUCGGAGGGGUCGGGUGCUUCGUGUUCCGCGGCGGCGGCGGCGGCGGCCGAGCAGCAGGUGCGGGUGGUGCGGUGCCCCAAGUGCGAGAAGUUCUUGCCGGAGCUGCCCAACUACUCCGUCUACGUCUGCGGCGGAUGCGGCGCCACUCUCCAAGCAAAAAAGCACUCAGCACCCGAGACUACUUGUUUGGACAAAACUGACGUUGUACAUGUGAAGUACCUUGAAGUGUUGGAGAGUUCGCCAGAGAAGAAGGAACCAGUAUCUGAAGCUAAUUUUGAAACUAUCUCAGAAGAAAACUCUCAGAGAGUCCAAGCUACUCCCGAAGAGAGAUUAGUAACCCAAAGAAUGAUGCCAGAACACAGAGAUUCCAGAUGUAGUUCUGGUGAUGACCAAAUCCCAAGAGAGCCAAGCACCUUGAUGUUUGAGGCCACUCUUAGAGAUGACAGCACGGAGAUUCGGGAAGCCAAGUACCGGCGCAUACGGAAUGAGGAGAAAGGAGAAGUAAAGCAACCCGUGAGACCAAGUGACAGAUCUCAUAUCUCUGUAGUCGACACCAUUCCUCCUAAUGCUUAUCAUGGUGAACACCAGAUGAAGUCAAGCUUUGGAGAUGCAAAUGGUACUCAGUGCGCAGACGGGAGGAAUAUGGACGGUCCUAGCAGUGUCAGUGGACUUGAGAAAGACCGCGCCGAGCUUUUACGGAUGCUUGAUGAGCUGAGGGAUCAGGUGCAGAGAUCCUGCGAAAUCACGGAGAAGCCCAGUGUAGGCGCCUCCACAAGUAGAGUGGUGGAUGCCUCGAGUUCGUACAGUCCUCAUGAACUGCUGAGUCGGUUGCGGCACGGCUCGCCUCAGUUACAGCGGAACGGUUCUCAGUGCUCACCAUCCUUGAGUGGGCAAAAUCCUGGCGUUCCGCAUGCUUAUGCUUCAGUCCCCACACAUCAAGAUCUACGUGGAUAUAGAGAGCCUGCCACACACAUGGGGGCUCCUUGCUAUCCUGUUGGCCAGUAUCCAUGGAGGAAUUAUGACAGUUAUUUCUUUGGACAGCAUAAUCAUGACCCUCUCGUCUCUUACCACCAUGGCGGUUUCUACCACCAGCCUGCUUGCUCUUGCCUGCAUUGUCAUCACCGUGAGUUCUUGCCUGUUCAGGGGGCUCCGAUGGGUUUCAAUCAUCACAGGGUGCCAUAUCCUGGGGCGUACCCGGUUAACGGUUCUGUGAUGUUUGGCAUGCAAAAUAACAAUUCGAGAGGCAUCAAUGCUUCGAUGCACCGCGGUCACAUGAGGGGCAACCUGAGCAAGAAGCCUCCGCAAACAUGUGAACCGAUUGCCUGCGGAGCCCCGUUUACCAUAUGCUACAACUGUUAUGAAGUGCUGCAACUUCCCAAGAAGUGCCCCUUGCCUGGGAAGGAUGAGUACAAGCUACGUUGUGGGUCAUGCUCUCAUGUGAUCGUGGUCAAGCUUGAUGGAAGCAGGCUUGAUGUUUCAGCGCCUUCGCCAAUUUCACACGUGUCUGCUGCUAGUAGAAAUAACUCCAGUGAUGUCCAAGGAAGCAAUGCAUACUCUGCUACUGAUGAGAGACUGCUUCCGCUUUACAGCUUUUCUGCAGGGAGUCAUUGCUCUCGAGAAAGAGAUCUGCACUCAAACUCAAGUGACGCAGAAAAGGUGCAAGGUAUAUCAUUGUCUUCUAGCAUUUUUGAAGAUGAGAAUAAUCUUGCGAGAUCUAAUUCACAGAGGGGCACCCCUAGGUCUAGUGAUCUGCCCGUUGAAGCCCAAGUUGUUAGCCGUGUUCCAAGUUUACCUCUUCAGCAUCAUUUUGCACAUUCACCAUCUGAGAGGGUGGUUAAUGGAUCAGGAAAAGGAAGCAGAAGUACCCGGUCUGAGCAUGAGAAGACAGUAUUAACCGAAACUUGUAGACACAACACUAUAAAAGAUGUACGUGUGGUGAGUGUGAUGAGCUUGUCAGAUGAUGAGUACGAGGAUCUGGACUGCAGUCAAGAUCCCGGUGUUGGGGCUCAACAUGUAGAUCGCCCUAUUGUCACGAAAACGGGUGAUUCAUUCUUUACCAAUCUCAUGAAGAAGAGUUUUAAAAUCAACAAUGGAGUGGGCAAUGGCAGAGCAAAGGUAUUCAUUAAUGGCUAUCCCAUCUCCGAUCGUGCUGUCAAGAAGGCUGAGAAGAUUGCUGGACCAAUCUAUCCUGGUGAAUACUGGUAUGAUUACCGUGCAGGGUUCUGGGGUGUGAUGGGUCAAUCCUGCCUUGGCAUGAUACCUCCGUUCAUUCCACAACUAAAUUAUCCUAUGCCCAAGAACUGCGCUGGUGGAAAUACUGGUAUAUUUAUCAAUGGGAGAGAACUUCACCAGAAAGAUUUCGACUUACUCGUGGGCCGUGGUCUCUCAGAAUCUCCUGACAGAUCAUAUAAGGUUGAGAUGUCUGGUAAAGUGUAUGAUGAUGUCUCUGGUGAAGAACUUUAUUGUCUUGGCAAACUUGCACCGACUGUUGAGAAGAUGAAGCGCGGUUUCGGCAUGCGACCCCCAAGGACCAUCCACUGAGAAAGAUGGGUCAGGAUUGGCCUCAGGAUCUCUGGGCAACUUCGCCGCGCCGGAACUGGGGAUAUCAUGGUUCUGGAGAUCAGUCGAUAGCCCACAUUGUGGACUAUGCAUUAAAUCAUUUUGCAAGCUCUGCUUCUCCUACGUAGCUAUGAUGUGUGUGUGGUGUGUGAUGCUUUUGCUGGUUGCAGUUGUUCCGCCUAUCUAGCCAUCUAUAGUAGAUAUAUGUAAUCGAUGAUCUCUGUGAUGACCCUGAAACUGAUGGUUGUCUGAAAAAAAAAGCUCAAUGUGAAGUUAUGCGCUGCGGUUUGCUUUA